AUGAAGCACACGAGUUUGGGCCAUACGGAUACUGUUGUCCAGCAUGGUGCCAUUUACGUUGGCGAUUACCCGGUCGUGCUAGGACACGAAGCUGCGGGCAUCAAGCCGACAGUCGGUCAUCCCUCGCCUUUUCUCCACGUUCUCAUCACAGCGAAGAUUGAGAAGGAAAUGCAGCAUCCAGAACAGCCGGACGAUGUUCGUGGCGAUGCCGGUAACAGUUUAGGCUCAAAAGCCUACGCCGUGAAACGCCGCCGAACGUCGUUAGCGUGCGACGCAUGUCGUACACGGAAAUCUAAGUGCGAUGGGUCUCGUCCCAAAUGUGCCACGUGCACCAACUUCGGGCUGGAAUGCCUCUACACGCCAUCCAGCACGUCGACCAAUCUGAUUGUCAAUAAGGACUAUCUGCAGAGUUUAGAGUCCCGGAUUGUGACACUAGAAGAAAGUCUGCGCACCGUCAGGGCUCAUAUUCCUGGCUUGUCUCAUGAUGUACAUGACGGGGUUGCCGUCAAGAACAGGCUCGAUGAACCGCCGGAAUUAGCCCAAACAGAAUCCUUAGCCAACAUCGCAGACACUGAAGAUUCGGUGGAUGCAAUGGGCACCGUGGCCUUUGCCGAUGAACAAGACUGCGGAUUUUUUGGCCCAUCAUCCAACAUCGCCUUUCUACGUCAUUUGUCUAGUGCAUUAUCAUAUAACGCCAACUCCCCAGUAACGGCUAGUUCCUCCUCUUCUACUGGAAAAAUAUUAUUGGACGGCGGCUUUGUUAAUGUGUCUCGCCCUCCGUCGCCAGGAUUGAGUGGCAUUGAUUCCACAUGUAGAAGACAAAAAGAGACGGACAUAUUCGCACUUCCUCCUGCUCAUGAGACUUCUCAGCUUGUCCAUAAAUAUUUCACCGAUACAGGCCUCCUUUAUCCCUACAUCUACCCCCCUUCAUUCCUUGAAACAUAUCGAGGUAUGUCCGAAAGGCAUCUCAAGGUUCGAAGAACGUGGCUUGGGCUGCUCAAUAUGAUACUUGCAAUGGCCAAGAUCACCGCCGCUCCUAGCGGGGAGCCAGCAGAAGAACGCAUUGCUGCCGCCGAUGUGUUCUACAAGCGUGCGUUAAGCUUAUGUGGCAAAGAGAUGUUGCGGGGAACCACUUUGGAAGUGGUGCAAUAUUUGUUGCUGACGGGCCAAUACAUGCAAGGCACACAGAAAUCCGUUCAGGCGUGGACAGUUCAUGGGUUGGCCGUAAAAGCCGCCCUUCAACUUGGCCUUCAUUCUAAAGAUGCCUCGAGGGUCUUCUCACCACAAGAGCAAGAAAUCCGAAAGAGGACUUGGUAUGGAACUUUGAGCAUGACCCUGGGGCGGCCAGCAGCUAUACCUGACAACUAUGUCAAGCUUGAUCUUCCGACAAAUUAUGUCGACGGUGGUGGUCCUACAGAAAGUCCGGUCGUAGACAACAAAACUUUUCAAAUGAGCGUGGACUUCUUCAGCUCCACGAUUCUACUAUAUAAACAGCUCUUCAACAUUGUUGACCUACUCUAUGGCCAGAAUCUCGGUUGCGAUCCAUCUCUCACAGUCGCCGAGAGUAUCAGUACCAUCCUUUCGAUUGAACGUCAACUUGUUGUUUGGGAAAAAUCACUCCCCCAAAAUAUUAACAUUGCAACAGCAACCAACAUUCGUGAGGGCAACGAAGAUAUGCCUGAUCCACCACGGUUCUACUCUAUGAAGUUCAGCGUUAUUCUUACUCUUCGAUAUCUCCAUCUCCGCAUUCUUCUGCAUCGCCCUAUUCUUGUGAAAUUUCUUGAUGCCUGCGGAAAAGGCGGCAUUGAUAAUCAUGAAGAAACGUUAUUACAACAGAUUGGAUUCAAUAGUAUUCAAAUCUGCAUGGAAUCUGCCAUGAGCAUUAUCGAUAUCAUUCGCGAGUUGGUACACUCAUCGGGGUGGCAUAAAAACCUCCUUGGUGCAUGGUGGUACACUCUCUAUUACACAUUUCACUCGGCAUUGAUUCUCCUUGGAAUGAUUCGAAUUAGCAAAAAUAGCCAGCCUGCCACAACCUCCCUAUCGCAUAAUAUUGAUGAACUCAUUGCCUACCAUGGCCAGGUCGUUUCAAUACUGUACAAACUAGAUUGCGGCAAUCGCAUCGUCGACCGAUGCAGGUGUUAUCUUGAACAGUUCAACAACACAAUCAACGCACCAGGAGAAUUGGAGUUGAACCAUGUCGGGAUAGGCGGUAUUCCCUUGGGCGGCUCCGGGACUAACGCGGAGUCUUCGCCUCUGGGUCUGGAAUUUGGCGAGUUUCUGAUAAAUGGUGAUUUCUGGUCAUUGCUGAACCGACAAGAAUCUGUACCAAGCGAGUGA